UUCUCGUUCUCUUUUCAUUGCUUCUUGUGAGAUUCUUCUCGUCAAAGAGGAGACGAACGAUGAAGCUCAACAUUUCUUACCCAGCCACUGGGUGCCAGAAGCUCAUUGAAGUUGAUGAUGAAAAAAAGCUGCGAAACUUCUAUGAAAAACGUAUUUCAGCUGAGUGCAGUGCUGAAUGUCUUGGUGAGGAAUGGAAGGGAUAUGUGGUCAGAAUCUCUGGAGGAAAUGACAAACAGGGAUUCUCCAUGAAACAGGGAGUCAUGACAAAUGGCCGUGUGCGUCUUCUGCUCUCAAAAGGCCACACCUGCUACAGGCCACGCAGAACUGGUGAGCGUAAGCGCAAGUCUGUGCGUGGCUGCAUUGUAGAUGCCCAGCUCAGUGUGCUAAACUUGGUCAUCAUCAAGAAAGGUGAUAAUGAUAUUCCUGGCCUCACAGACACCACUGUGCCUCGCCGCCUUGGCCCUAAGAGAGUUGGCAAGAUCAGGAAGAUGUUUAACUUGUCCAAGGAAGAUGAUGUGCGUCAGUAUGUUAUCAGGAGGACACUCCCAGAAAAAGAAGGCAAGAAGACAAGGACCAAGGCUCCCAAGAUCCAGCGCCUGGUCACACCUGUGGUGUUGCAGCGCAAGCGUAAAAUCUUGGCCCUGAAAAAGAUGAGAGCACAGAAAGCCAAGCAGGAGUAUGCUGAUUACACUAGGCUACUCGCCAAGAGAGCUAAGGAGGCUAAGGAGAAGCGUCAUGAAAUGCUGAAGAAAAAGCGUGCUUCCUCAAGUCACCGAGAGUCAGUGAGCAGUGCAAAAUGAGUGCUGUGUAAAUUUGAAGUAAUAAAGAUAAUUGAAACACUGCU